UUCCAAGAUUUUUAUAAACAUUUUUACUGACAUAACCGUUGUUCCUUAUUAUCCAUAACCGUUAUUAUUUGUUCAUCAAACAUUAAUUAAUUAUGAACUUUUGCUUUCGGCUUCAUAUAGUGUUAAGUAGUAUCGUCUUGUAUUGAUCUUGACAUCUUUUAAUGUUUUUAAUAUGAACAUUGAUAAAUUGCCUGAUGACUGCUUAUUACAUAUUUUCAAUUUUUUCGAUAAAUUUGAGACACUUCAAGAUUGCUCUCAAGUUUGCGAAAGAUGGCAAUAUUUAGUACUUCAAAGACUAUCAAAUGUUAAAUAUUUAACGGAUUCCGCAAACAUUGAGUACUAUCCUGUUAGCAGUACUAUAUUAUAUCGAGAGGAUGAUCGCAUUGGCCAGAUUGAACUAUCAGAAUGGUUUCCUAAACUUAGGAUCAUAGAAAAUUCAGGGAAAGCUGAUUGUUUCUCGAAUCCAACCGUCGAUGGACUGCUUUUGACCUCUGCAAAUUUAGAAAACUUUACUUAUUGUAAUCCAUCACUUAAAAUGUUAGCAGUUCACGAUCCCUUUGAUUUUUUUACCAACGAUAUCCAAGGACCAACGUUAAAUCAGCUGUAUGUGAGAUAUUGUCCUAUUUCCCAGUUUGGUAAAUAUGCUAAAUAUUUUCCAAAUUUGAAGCGACUUCAUAUUUCGAACUUUACACUUGACAAUUAUGAAGACGGUGUCUACACUGGACCCACUCUUGAAAAGUUAGAAAUUUUAGAAGCAAUUGGCCAUUCUCAAUGGGGAUCUCGUUAUGAUUAUCAUGGAUUCAGCCUUGCCGAUCAUUGUCCAAUUUUGAAAAGUGCACAUCAUUAUAUCGAUCGUGAUGAAGAGUUUUAUGCCAACAUUGGAAUUAAAAAUCAUUUUCUAGAAGAUUUAGUUAUAGAUCUUAAUGUCACGCCAGCUUGGUCGAUUUUAAGACGUGUAUUGUACAAGUACCCAAAUUUGAAGCAUUUGGCAAUCAGAGAAGAUUUUGACACGGGCAUCACAAAUGAAAAUGUUAUUGAAAUUAUACAAAGGUUUCCUCAUAUAACUCUUAUUGACAUUAGAAACUCAGAAAAAGUGGACGCAAAUGCAACAAGAUACAUUGAUCAAUUCUGUAGAGACCAUAAUCGUUCAAUUUCAUUAUUUUACCAAAAAAGGCCUAAGAUUACCAAGAGCUGGCCUAAUUUAUCUGCUAAAAGUACUCGUAUUGGUCGCGGACUCGAUUUCAUGAAACACUGUUUUCUAAAAGAUUAUAAUGGUUUGCCAUAUCUGUUGGAUCCUGAUGAAUAAGGAACAGGCAACAUAUAAGUUCGAAUCACUAAGAAGGAUCUAUGAAUUGUCAAUUUUUCACACUUUCCUGUCAAAUUACUCCGAUGUGCAGCAACUCGAAUCCAUUUUUCGGGAUCCAAUUUUAUUCUUACAAGAGUGAAAAGAUUGCUACAAAACACGAUAGGUCCUUUGUCUAGGAUGUUUGUCAAGUUGAAUUUAACCUGAAAUUUAACAGAAAAUUAAUAUAAGACCAUAAUGGUUGACAUUCAUGCAGGUUUGUUUCAAUUUCUCAGUGCAUCCAUUUGUUUUUCUCCAGUACUUAAUGGACAUUUAAGAUUGAAUGAAUUGUAAAACGACUAUUCAAGGGUAUCCUGAUUGUUAGAAACGAUUGAAUAUCAAAAUUAUAUUUUUCUUGAAAUCCAAAUAUUGCCAUUUUAAACGUGUUGUUGCUCCGAAACUUGUAACCCUAACCUUCAAAAACUUUUAAAUUUCUGGCGGCUGUUUCUGAAAA